UUUGUCAGAUACCCAACAUCCGAAAACAGAGAUUUUUUUAUAAAAAAUUAAAAAAAAUUAAUCCUGAUAUCUUCUGAUAUAUGUAGGAUAUGAAGCUUCUUAUCCUACGCACCCUGGUGGGCCCCACACGUUUGAGAUCAACGGUUCACAAGGCUUCUAUAUGCAGCUCUGCACUGCAGUGGGAAAGUGGUGUCUCCUUGGUUCAGGGUGCUUCCAGAGGAAUUGGCCUUGAAUUUGCUCGGCAACUGCUAGAGAGGAAUGAGAAAGAACAUGUUAUUGCUACUUGUCGGAAUCCUGAUGGAGCAACAGGCCUUCUUGAGUUGAAAAGGAGGUUCAUGGAACGCCUGUACUUACUACCAUUGGAUGUGACAAACGAAAGCACUAUAGAGGCAUCAGCGAACUCUAUACGAGAAAGAUAUGGGCGUUUAAACCUUCUGAUUAAUGCAUCCGGAGUUCUUUCAAUACCUGAUGUAUUACAACCAGAAACGACUUUGACUAAAGUACAAAAGUCAUCUUUGAUGUUUGCAUAUGAAGUUAAUGCAGUGGGCCCCAUUUUAGUGAUCAAGCACAUGUGGCCACUUCUAAAGGCUGGAGGAGGCUCUGGGACAGAAAGGGACGUUGCGAUCGUAGCGAAUUUAAGUGCUAGGGUGGGCUCCAUCGGAGACAACCGCUUCGGGGGAUGGCAUUCAUAUCGGUCAUCAAAGUCAGCACUCAAUCAAUUGACGAAGACUAUAUCGGUGGAAUUCGCACGAAAGGACCCAAUCGCUUGCAUCUUAUUGCAUCCGGGGACAGUGGAUACAGACCUCUCAAAGCCAUUUCAAAGAAACGUUCCAGAUGGUAAGCUAUUUACAAAAGAAUUUUCAGUGCAAAAGCUCUUAGGCAUCAUCGACAAUGUGAAAAUCAGGGACAACGGGAAGUUCUUUGCUUGGGACGGUCAAGAAAUUCCUUGGUAGAUAGUCAUUUUUGAAUUAUCCUUGAUCAUCACAAACCCAUAAAAACUUAAAUUAAAAAAAAAAAAAAAAAAAAAACAAAAGAA